AUGAACCAACAGUGUAAGGUCUGUGGCGAACCAGCUGCUGGAUUUCAUUUUGGUGCAUUUACAUGCGAAGGAUGUAAAUCGUUUUUCGGACGUUCCUACAACAAUUUAAAUUCAAUAACGGAAUGUAAAAACAAUGGAGAAUGUAUAAUAAAUAAAAAAAAUCGUACGGCAUGUAAAUCUUGCAGGCUUCGUAAAUGUCUUUUGGUCGGUAUGUCAAAAAGUGGGUCCAGGUACGGAAGAAGAUCGAAUUGGUUUAAAAUUCAUUGUCUUCUGCAAGAACAACAACAAGCAGCCGUGGCACAAAUGAAAGGGAAAAAUCCAUCGACGACGAAUCCGUUGGAAAAUCCAUUACCACUUUUAUCACCUCUCGCAUUUCCUCAUCCGAAUUUAGGUAGUUUUUUAAGGCCUAAUAAUUCAUCAUCACCAUCUGAUUUUUACCUUCCGGUACCUUUUCAUUCCAUGUUUAUGCAACCCCCGCCGCCAAUGUCGUCGCCAUUUUUACUCCCACCGUCUCUUCUUCCUUUUCCCGUACCACCAACGAAACACAACGAUUAUUCCCAAAGACUCUCACCGCCUGAUCACGUUCAAAAUGUACAUAAAAGAAAUUGUUUAACGCCGGAAUACGAUGAAGAAAAUACACGUACCGACAGCCCACCUUCAAGGCAAUCGCCGACAAACAACAACAACAACAACGAUUAUAGUUCCAAAUGUAUUAAUAUAAAUGAUGAUAAUAGUGAUGAUAAUAGUUUUGGAAAGAACAAGGAAAGUGAUAAAGAAAUGAUGAUGACGGUUCGUUCGAAAAGGUUUUAUUUAGACGCGAUUUUAGGUUUGAAAACGUCGUCGGAAAAAAAAAUCGAAUCCGUCAAUGAGAAAAAAAUCAAUGAUGACGUCAUCAAUAAUGAUGACGAUAAUGAUGACGAAAUAGAAAAAUUAACAAUAAAACGUUACGAUGAUGAACAAGACAAUCCGAUUGAUUUGAGCGUUAAAAGUUCAAAAUUUAAAAAGGAUUUUUUUACUAAAGAAAAUAAUCGUAGGAAAAAACACGUGGAAGAAGAAGAAGAAGAAGAAGAAAACGUGGUAGAAGAAAAGAAAAAAAUUUUUAAUAAUAAUAAUCGGGAUGAUGUUAAACCGAUACCGUUGGAUUUAACCGUGUGA